AUGCAAAAGCUCAUCAUUGCCUUCGCUGUUGUUUCGGCCACUUCGGCCUUCCUCUUCCCAUCAUCAGGUGGAUCUGGAUGUGGAUGCGCGUAAGUAUUUCUUUGAAUUUUUUCUCUAAUUUUUGAAAAUCAACUAUUUUUUCAAAAUUUGUUGUUUUUCAAAUGAUAUUUUUAAAUAUAUAAUUCAAUUAUUAUUUGCAGUCCACCACCACCACCACCACCACCAUGUGGAUGCGGAGGUGGACUCCAACUCCCACAACUCCCACCUCUUCAACUUCCACAACUCUCUCUUCCAUCCCUCGGAGGUGGAUGCGGAGGACCAGCUCCAUGUGCUGCACCAGCCGCCGCCGGAUACGUUGCCCCACCACCAGCUCCAGCUGGAGGAUACGCCACUGCCCCAGCUGCCCCAGCCGGAGGAUACGCAACUGGACCAGCCCCAAUCAUCGGAGGAGGAUCAUACGCCGCCCCACAAGCCCCAAUCGGAGCCGGAGCUUCAUACGCCGCCCCACAAGCCCCAAUCGGAGGAGGUGCCGCUUACGCCGGAGCCCCAGAAGUUGCCCCAGCUGUUGGAGGAGCCUCAUACGCCGCAGGACAAGCUGCCCCAGCUGCCUCAUACGCCACCAACCAAUAA